AUGUACUUCAGCAGGCUCUCUACCAGUAAUCAGCAUUUCAAAAAGGGUACCAGCGAACCGCAAUCUCAUUGGAACUGUGGACACCAACGAAACAGCAAUGUUAUUAGAGUGACGAGUACCAGCCAAACAGCCAUCUGAUUGAUAUCAACGAAACUAUCGUUUAUCAACGACAGGUGCCAACGAAACUGUCUUCUAAACAGCAGUGUGAUUGGAAUAGCGGGUACUAAUGAAACAAUAAUCAAUUCUUUCUUUGGAUUUUAACCACAGCAGCAUCACGACUCGUGUCAGUCUGGGUACGGACGACCAAGGCCAGAGUCGGUGAAAUAAACUGACAGUUAUGAGGGAGGGUGACACACGGCAGACAUUGGCAAUAGGACCCUCACGAGCAGUGAUUGCGGAAGUUUAAGGAAUAUAUACUGUGGCAUUCGAUGGCCUUCCUCGACCUCCCUUACAAUAGGUCCGACCGUCGUUGCUAAAGAACAAGAGGAAUCGCAUGUUCGAUGAAUUUGAUAUGAAUACGCCGACAUCCAAUAUGGCGGAUGACUUUACAUCUGACUCUCUUGGACCUACUAGUGUUGAUACCACCACGUUAUUGACGACGCAGGUGAUGGCUCUUGCUUCUACUUCAACACAUAUGAAUUUUUCAAACAAUUCAGAUCAUGCGAUAGCACCGGAAGUAAUGAUACGUAUGCUCAGUAUCGGAAAGUUCGAACGUCUGGUUCCCGCCGUCAUAUAUACCGCUAUUCUGAUGGCGAUCGGCACUCCAGGUAACGCCAUUGUGUGGUUUAUAUAUUAUUCCAGAUGGAGACGAAGCUCUACCAGGAUUUUUAUCUUGGCGUUGGCCACAUUGGAUCUUAUAAACUGCACUUUAACACUUCCAGUUGAAGUCUUCAUGUUAUUCAAUUACAUCGUGUUCGAUCACAGCUUCAUCUGUAAACUGUCCCGAUUUACUACGUACACGUGUAACUGUGCGGCGGCUCUCAUCCUCAUAGCAAUAGCUGUGGACAGGUAUCAGCGGAUAUGUAAACCACACGAGAACGCGAUAUCUACCAGGACUUCUAAACUCAUAUGCUGGCUUUCCGUAAUGUUGUCCCUAUUGACAACAUGGCCGUCCCUGGUGAUCUACGGGACGCAGGAUUACCCUUUACACGGCGUGGUGUUGAAGGUCUGUCUGAUAGAAAACGCAUACGUGUCCACGCCAUACCCUCUGGCCUAUUUCACCUUUAACUGCAUCUGUACACUCAUCAACUUCGUCACUCUCACUGUGCUCUACAUAUUAGUUGGUGUUCGCGUCUGCCAACGCUGGAAGUUCAGGUCCACUUCCGUUCGCUCGUUUUCCUCUGUUUCCAUGGAAGAUGACGAAGACUAUCCGACGGAGAGGCAUUCUUUAAAGAAACAUAGUAAGCGUAGUGCCAGCACAGAACCGCCUCCAAGUCCACGUGCUGCCAUCAAGAUGGCGUUCAUAGACCUUAAAUCCACAUUCAAACGUACUAAAAGUACCGUAUCGGACAAAAGAGUGUUACGAAUAGGUAAAACGACACUCAUGCUUUUUCUUGUGACUCUGGUGUACAUCGUCAGUUUCUUACCGUUUCUCGGCAUCGCCAUACACCGUUCUAUUAACCCUUCGGCCUUUGACGGACAACAAAAGGCUAACGAGAUGGUGUACCACGUGUUCCUAAGGUCGUAUCUCCUUAACUGUGCCAUCAACCCAAUCAUCUAUUCAUUUUGUAAUGACAUAUUUCGGAGGGAGUGCGUCAUACUCUUUAAGAGAAUUUUCUGUUGUAAAAAGACGCAUUAGACCAUUUUUAAUAUAUAUAGACCAAAACUUUUUAUUUUUAAAUUCAAAACUAUGUCGAGUUAUGUUCAUUAAGUAUAUUCUUAGUGACAUCCCAAUGAAGAUCGAACGGCGUUUAAUGACAGUAAUAUAAUAGAGUAUGUAAUAUCGCGUAACCUUCUGGUUCCUGUAACACUCGACGACUCGUCAAUGUCGAAAAUCAGAAAUAUUUUCGGCUACACAGCCAGAAUCAAAAAAAAAAAAUAUAUAUGCGAAUGCAUGUUUAUUGAACAUUGUUCAUCUAUGUAACAGCAUACACCAUAAUCAUAUCUUAGUAGUAAAUGAAAUUUGACCAUGUAUAGGCCUACACAUAGUCUACCCUAAAAUAAAACGGAUAGCGGAUGGGUUUUUUUCCCACUGAACUUUGAUUAGAAAAAUACAUCCGCUAUCAUUUUAGUUUAUGGUAGAGCAUGUGUAUACGAGUUCGAAUUUCAUUAACUGCUACAAUGCUAUCGAUGAAAUUGUCAAUGAUUGUUUUCCUGGAGAGUGGCGAGUGAGACAGGAUGAGUGAUGUCUGCGACAAGGUUUGUGGCGCGUGUACAGUGAUAGUGACGUACGAAGUAGAGAUAGUAACGUGUGUGACAGUGGUAGUGACGUACGAAGUAGAGAUAGUGACGUGUGUGACAGUGGUAGUGACGUACAAAGUAGAGAUAGUGACGUGUGUGACAGUGGUACUGACGUAUACGAGGUAGAGUUAGUGACGUGUGUGACAGUGGUAAUGACGUACGAAGUAGAGAUAGUGAUGUGUGUGACAGUGGUAGUGACGUACGAAGCAGAGAUAGUGACGUGUGUGACAGUGGUAGUGACGUACGAAGUAGAGAUAGUGACAUGGUGACAGUGAUACUGACGUACGAAGUAGAGAUAGUGACGUGUGUGACAGUGGUAGUGACGUACGAAGGAGAGAUAGUGACGUGUGUGACAGUGAUACUGACGUACGAAGUAGAGAUAGUGACGUGUGUGACAGUGGUAGUGACGUAUACGAGGUAGAGUUAGUGACGUGUGUGACAGUGGUAGUGACGUAUACGAGGUAGAGUUAGUGACGUGUGUGACAGUGGUAGUGACGUACGAAGUAGAGAUAGUGACGUGUGUGACAGUGAUAGUGACGUACGAAGUAGAGAUAGUGACGUGUGUGACAGUGAUACUGACGUACGAAGUAGAGAUAGUGAUGUGUGUGACAGUGGUAGUGACGUACGAAGCAGAGAUAGUGACGUGUGUGACAGUGGUAGUGACGUACGAAGUAGAGAUAGUGACAUGGUGACAGUGAUACUGACGUACGAAGUAGAGAUAGUGACGUUUGUGACUGGUAGUGACGUACGAAGGAGAGAUAGUGACGUGUGUGACAGUGAUACUGACGUACUAAGUAGAGAUAAUGACGUGUGUGACAGUGGUAGUGACGUACGAAGUAGAGAUAGUGACGUGUGUGACAGUGGUAGUGACGUACGAAGUAGAGAUAGUGACGUGUGUGACAGUGAUAGUGACGUACGAAGUAGAGAUAGUGAAGUGUGUGACAGUGGUACUGACGUACGAAGUAGAGAUAGUUACGUGUGUGACAGUGGUAGUGACGUACGAAGUAGAGAUAGUGUCGUGUGUGACAGUGGUAGUGACGUACAAAGUAGAGAUAGUGACGUGUGUGACAGUGGUACUGACGUAUACGAGGUAGAGUUAGUGACGUGUGUGACAGUGGUAGUGACGUAUACGAGGUAGAGUUAGUGACGUUUGUGAUAGUGGUAGUGACGUACGAAGUAGAGAUAGUGACAUGGUGACAGUGAUACUGACGUAUACGAGGUAGAGAUAGUGACGUGUGUGACAGUGAUACUGACGUACGAAGUAGAGAUAGUGACGUGUGUGACAGUGACACUGACGUAUACGAAGUAGAGAUAGUGACAUGGUGACAGUGAUACUGACGUAUACGAGGUAGAGUUAGUGACAUUGGGACCGUGAUAGUGACGCACUAGCGAUAGUGACAUAUGAAGCAGAGAUAGUUACUUUUUGGGAAGGAAUAAUGACGUACGAGGUAGGGAUAGUGACGUGUGUGACAGUGAUACUGACGUACGAAGUAGAGAUAGUGACAUGGUGAGAGUGGUAGUGACAUAUAUACGAGGUAGAGUUAGUGACAUUGGGACCGUGAUAGUGACGCACUAGCGAUAGUGACAUAUGAAGCAGAGAUAGUUACUUUUGGGAAGGAAUAAUGACGUACGAGGUAGGGAUAGUGACGUGUGUGACAGUGAUACUGACGUACGAAGUAGAGAUAGUGACGUGUGUUACAGUGGUAGUGACGUACGAAGUAGAGAUAGUGACGUGUGUGACAGUGGUAGUGACGUACGAAGUAGAGAUUGUGACGUGUGUGACAGUGGUAGUGACGUACGAAGUAGAGAUAGUGACGUGUGUGAUAGUGGUAGUGACGUAUACGAAGUAGAGAUAGUGACGUGUGUGACAGUGGUAGUGACGUACGAAGUAGAGAUAGGGACGUGUAGGACAGGAAUAAUGACGUUUGACACAAGGAUAGUAACUUGUGGGACAGAGAUAUCGACACGUGUGGCAGGCAUAGUGAAGUACAGGCUAGGCAUAACGACGUGAGGGUGACGUACAGUAAGAGGCAGGGAUAGUGACUUGUGGGAAAUGGAUAAUGACGACCAAGGUAGGGACAGUGACUAGUGGAACAGGGAUAUUGACAUACAAGGCAGGGAUAUUGACGUACAAGGCAGGGAUAUUGACAUACAAGGCAGGGAUAUUGGCAUACAAGGCAGGGAUAUUGACAUACAAGGCAUGGAUAUUGACAUACAAGGCAGGGAUAUUGACAUACAAGGCGGGGAUAUUGGCAUACAAGGCAGGGAUAUUGACAUACAAGACAUGGAUAUUGACAUGCAAGGCAGGGAUAUUGACAUACAAGGCAGGGACAGUGACGUGUGGGACAGGGAUAUUGACAUACAAGGUAGGGAUAGUGACUAGUGGAACAGGGAUAAUGACGACCAAGGUAGGGAUAGUGACGUGUUGGACAGGGAUAUUGACAUACAAGGUAGUAUAGUUCCGUAUGGGACCGGAUAGUGACUUACGAGACAGUGUCGUGUGAGGUAGCGAUCGUUAGGUAUCCAGUCAGGGAGAACAACUGAGAUGUGAAUAUGUUACCAUACGAGGCUGGGAGAGUGUGGUAGAAUCCACCCACUGUCUAUUGAUUUACAUAAAUUCGUGUCAAGAAUUUAUUUUUAUAAAGAUGGUCCCUUUUAUGUAAAUAUAGUGUAUGUAAUAUUUCAAAGCUCUCUGUGUUUUACGUACCUGUACAUCAUUAUAGGUCACAAUUAUACGAUUUUCUCUUCUAAACAUGUUAUACAAUUUGCUUCAAACAUAAUAAAAUAUGUCGUUUAA